UCUGGCAAAUAUAGUAAAAGGGAUAUUCUGGGAGGAUGUAUGCCUACCAUUAGUGCUGAAUACUGGUGAGGUUUUGAGGGCAAAAUGGCUGUGAUGAUUGGAAUCGCUUUCAGCGUUUCUUGGCUUUGUUGCCUGCUAAUUGGAGGGAUAACGUGUUCUACAUCAGAAGGUGAUUGGUCUCCUGCACUGGAUUCUAAUGCAGCAUGGCUUGACGCAGGAUCACUUCGGUCUCUAGGAUAUAGCAAUUAUAAGUCUCCAAAAUCUCAAAUGCAAGCGCAACAGAAACAUCCGGCCGCCAUCCUGCGGAAGGACUUGGCCCCCAUGUCCCAGCAACCUCAGCAAGUGUGGUAUCCAGUUCAAAUGCUGCAGAAGCAACAGACCGCCGUGCUCCAGCAAGUGGGGCAUCAAGCUCACAUGCUGACGCAUAAGCAACCGACCGCCGUGCCCCAGCAAGUGUGGCAUCAAGCUCACAUGCUGACGCAUAAGCAACCGACCGCCGUGCCCCAGCAAGUGUGGCAUCAAGCUCACAUGCUGACGCAUAAGCAACCGACCGCCGUGCCCCAGCAAGUGUGGCAUCAAGCUCACAUGCUGACGCAUAAGCAACCGACAGCCGUGCCCCAGCAAGUGUGGCAUCAAGCUCACAUGCUGACGCAUAAGCAACCGACCGCCGUGCCCCAGCAAGUGUGGCAUCAAGCUCAAAUGCUGCCGCAACCACCGACCGCCGUGCCCCAGCAAGUGUGGUAUCCAGCUCAAAUGCCCCUGCAGCAGAAGCAACCGACCACCGUGCCCCAGCUGGGGUGGUAUCCAGCUCAAAUGCAGCAGAAGCAACCGACCACCGUGCCCCAGCUUGGGUGGCAUCCUGCUCAGUUUCCCCAGCAGAAGCAACUGGCCCCCAUAGCCCAGCAUCCUCAGCAGGUGUGGCAUCCAUCUCAAUUUCCCCAGCGGCAGAAGGACCUGGCAGUCGAGCCCCAGCGGCAGAAGGACCUGGCAGUCGAGCCCCAGCGGCAGAAGGACCUGGCAGUCGAGCCCCAGCGGCAGAAGGACCUGGCAGUCGAGCCCCAGCGGCAGAAGGACCUGGCAGUCGAGCCCCAGCGGCAGAAGGACCUGGCAGUCGAGCCCCAGCGGCAGAAGGACCUGGCAGUCGAGCCCCAGCGGCAGAAGGACCUGGCAGUCGAGCCCCAGCGGCAGAAGGACCUGGCAGUCGAGCCCCAGCGGCAGAAGGACCUGGCAGUCGAGCCCCAGCGGCAGAAGGACCUGGCAGUCGAGCCCCAGCGGCAGAAGCAACCGACCGCCGUGCCCCAGCAAGUUUGGCAUCCAGCUCUAAUGCCCCUGCAGCAGAAGCAACCGGCCCCUGAACCUCAGCAGAAGGAACUGACCGCCAUGCCCCUGCAAGUGUGGCAUCCAGCUCAAAUGCCCCUGCAGCAGAAGCAACCGACCGCUGUGCCCCAGCAAGUGUGGCAACCUUCUCAAAUGCCCCUGCAGCAGAAGCAACCGACCGCCGUGCCCCAGCAAGUGUGGCAACCUUCUCAAAUGCCCCUGCAGCAGAAGGAACCGACCGCCGUGCCCCAGCAAGUGUGGCAUCCUGCUCAAAUGCCCCUGCAGCAGAAACAACCGACCGCCGUGUCCCAGCAAGUGUGGCAACCUUCUCAAAUGCCCCUGCAGCAGAAGGAACCGAACGCCGUGCCCCAGCAAGUGUGGCAACCUUCUCAAAUGCCCCUGCAGCAGACGGAACCGAACGCCAUGCCCCAGCAAGUGUGGCUACCUUCUCAAAUGCCCCUGCAGCAGAAGGAACCGACCGCCGUGCCCCAGCAAGUGUGGCAACCUUCUCAAAUUUCCCUGCAGCAGAAGGAACCGACCGCUGUGCCCCAGCAAGUGUGGCAACCUUCUCAAAUGCCCCUGCAGCAGAAGGAACCGACCGCCGUGCCCCAGCAAGUGUGGCAUCCUGCUCAAAUGCCCCUGCAGCAGAAACAACCGACCGCCGUGCCCCAGCAAGUGUGGCAACCUUCUCAAAUGCCCCUGCAGCAGAAGGAACCGAACGCCAUGCCCCAGCAAGUGUGGCAACCUUCUCAAAUGCCCCUGCAGCAGAAGGAACCGACCGCUGUGCCCCAGCAAGUGAGGCAUCCAGCUCAAAUGCCCCUACAGCAGAAGCAAACGACUGCCAUGCCCCAGCAAGUGUGGAAUACAUUUUACACACUGCAGAAGCAACCGACUGCCGUGCCCCAGCAAGUUUGGCAUCCAGCUCAAAUGCCCCUGCAGCAGAAGCAACCGACCGCCAAGCCCCAGCAAGUUUGGCAACCUUCUCAAAUGCCCCUGCAGCAGACGGAACCGAACGCCAUGCCCCAGCAAGUGUGGCAACCUUCUCAAAUGCCCCUGCAGCAGAAGGAACCGACCGCCGUGCCCCAGCAAGUGUGGCAACCUUCUCAAAUUUCCCUGCAGCAGAAGGAACCGACCGCUGUGCCCCAGCAAGUGUGGCAACCUUCUCAAAUGCCCCUGCAGCAGAAGGAACCGACAGCCGUGCCCCAGCAAGUGUGGCAUCAAGCUCACAUGCUGACGCAUAAGCAACCGACCGCCGUGCCCCAGCAAGUGUGGCAUCAAGCUCAAAUGCUGCCGCAACCACCGACCGCCGUGCCCCAGCAAGUGUGGUAUCCAGCUCAAAUGCCCCUGCAGCAGAAGCAACCGACCACCGUGCCCCAGCUGGGGUGGUAUCCAGCUCAAAUGCAGCAGAAGCAACCGACCACCGUGCCCCAGCUUGGGUGGCAUCCUGCUCAGUUUCCCCAGCAGAAGCAACUGGCCCCCAUAGCCCAGCAUCCUCAGCAGGUGUGGCAUCCAUCUCAAUUUCCCCAGCGGCAGAAGGACCUGGCAGUCGAGCCCCAGCGGCAGAAGGACCUGGCAGUCGAGCCCCAGCGGCAGAAGGACCUGGCAGUCGAGCCCCAGCGGCAGAAGGACCUGGCAGUCGAGCCCCAGCGGCAGAAGGACCUGGCAGUCGAGCCCCAGCGGCAGAAGGACCUGGCAGUCGAGCCCCAGCGGCAGAAGGACCUGGCAGUCGAGCCCCAGCGGCAGAAGGACCUGGCAGUCGAGCCCCAGCGGCAGAAGGACCUGGCAGUCGAGCCCCAGCGGCAGAAGGACCUGGCAGUCGAGCCCCAGCGGCAGAAGGACCUGGCAGUCGAGCCCCAGCGGCAGAAGGACCUGGCAGUCGAGCCCCAGCGGCAGAAGGACCUGGCAGUCGAGCCCCAGCGGCAGAAGGACCUGGCAGUCGAGCCCCAGCGGCAGAAGCAACCGACCGCCGUGCCCCAGCAAGUUUGGCAUCCAGCUCUAAUGCCCCUGCAGCAGAAGCAACCGGCCCCUGAACCUCAGCAGAAGGAACUGACCGCCAUGCCCCUGCAAGUGUGGCAUCCAGCUCAAAUGCCCCUGCAGCAGAAGCAACCGACCGCUGUGCCCCAGCAAGUGUGGCAACCUUCUCAAAUGCCCCUGCAGCAGAAGCAACCGAUCGCCGUGCCCCAGCAAGUUUGGCAACCUUCUCAAAUGCCCCUGCAGCAGAAGCAACCGACCGCCGAGCCCCAGCAAGUGUGGCAUCCAGCUCAAAUGCCCCUUAGGAAGAAGCAACCGACAGCCGAGCCCCAGCAAGUUUGGCAUCCAGCUCAAAUGCCCCUGCAGCAGAAGCAACCGACCGCCGUGCCCCAGCAAGUGUGGCAACCUUCUCAAAUGCCCCUGCAGCAGAAGGAACCGACCGCCGUGCCCCAGCAAGUGUGGCAUCCUGCUCAAAUGCCCCUGCAGCAGAAACAACCGACCGCCGUGUCCCAGCAAGUGUGGCAACCUUCUCAAAUGCCCCUGCAGCAGAAGGAACCGAACGCCGUGCCCCAGCAAGUGUGGCAACCUUCUCAAAUGCCCCUGCAGCAGACGGAACCGAACGCCAUGCCCCAGCAAGUGUGGCUACCUUCUCAAAUGCCCCUGCAGCAGAAGGAACCGACCGCCGUGCCCCAGCAAGUGUGGCAACCUUCUCAAAUUUCCCUGCAGCAGAAGGAACCGACCGCUGUGCCCCAGCAAGUGUGGCAACCUUCUCAAAUGCCCCUGCAGCAGAAGGAACCGACCGCCGUGCCCCAGCAAGUGUGGCAUCCUGCUCAAAUGCCCCUGCAGCAGAAACAACCGACCGCCGUGCCCCAGCAAGUGUGGCAACCUUCUCAAAUGCCCCUGCAGCAGAAGGAACCGAACGCCAUGCCCCAGCAAGUGUGGCAACCUUCUCAAAUGCCCCUGCAGCAGAAGGAACCGACCGCUGUGCCCCAGCAAGUGAGGCAUCCAGCUCAAAUGCCCCUACAGCAGAAGCAAACGACUGCCAUGCCCCAGCAAGUGUGGAAUACAUUUUACACACUGCAGAAGCAACCGACUGCCGUGCCCCAGCAAGUUUGGCAUCCAGCUCAAAUGCCCCUGCAGCAGAAGCAACCGACCGCCAAGCCCCAGCAAGUUUGGCAACCUUCUCAAAUGCCCCUGCAGCAGACGGAACCGAACGCCAUGCCCCAGCAAGUGUGGCAACCUUCUCAAAUGCCCCUGCAGCAGAAGGAACCGACCGCCGUGCCCCAGCAAGUGUGGCAACCUUCUCAAAUUUCCCUGCAGCAGAAGGAACCGACCGCUGUGCCCCAGCAAGUGUGGCAACCUUCUCAAAUGCCCCUGCAGCAGAAGGAACCGACAGCCGUGCCCCAGCAAGUGUGGCAUCAAGCUCACAUGCUGACGCAUAAGCAACCGACCGCCGUGCCCCAGCAAGUGUGGCAUCAAGCUCAAAUGCUGCCGCAACCACCGACCGCCGUGCCCCAGCAAGUGUGGUAUCCAGCUCAAAUGCCCCUGCAGCAGAAGCAACCGACCACCGUGCCCCAGCUGGGGUGGUAUCCAGCUCAAAUGCAGCAGAAGCAACCGACCACCGUGCCCCAGCUUGGGUGGCAUCCUGCUCAGUUUCCCCAGCAGAAGCAACUGGCCCCCAUAGCCCAGCAUCCUCAGCAGGUGUGGCAUCCAUCUCAAUUUCCCCAGCGGCAGAAGGACCUGGCAGUCGAGCCCCAGCGGCAGAAGGACCUGGCAGUCGAGCCCCAGCGGCAGAAGGACCUGGCAGUCGAGCCCCAGCGGCAGAAGGACCUGGCAGUCGAGCCCCAGCGGCAGAAGGACCUGGCAGUCGAGCCCCAGCGGCAGAAGGACCUGGCAGUCGAGCCCCAGCGGCAGAAGGACCUGGCAGUCGAGCCCCAGCGGCAGAAGGACCUGGCAGUCGAGCCCCAGCGGCAGAAGGACCUGGCAGUCGAGCCCCAGCGGCAGAAGGACCUGGCAGUCGAGCCCCAGCGGCAGAAGGACCUGGCAGUCGAGCCCCAGCGGCAGAAGGACCUGGCAGUCGAGCCCCAGCGGCAGAAGGACCUGGCAGUCGAGCCCCAGCGGCAGAAGGACCUGGCAGUCGAGCCCCAGCGGCAGAAGGACCUGGCAGUCGAGCCCCAGCGGCAGAAGGACCUGGCAGUCGAGCCCCAGCGGCAGAAGGACCUGGCAGUCGAGCCCCAGCGGCAGAAGGACCUGGCAGUCGAGCCCCAGCGGCAGAAGGACCUGGCAGUCGAGCCCCAGCGGCAGAAGCAACCGACCGCCGUGCCCCAGCAAGUUUGGCAUCCAGCUCUAAUGCCCCUGCAGCAGAAGCAACCGGCCCCUGAACCUCAGCAGAAGGAACUGACCGCCAUGCCCCUGCAAGUGUGGCAUCCAGCUCAAAUGCCCCUGCAGCAGAAGCAACCGACCGCUGUGCCCCAGCAAGUGUGGCAACCUUCUCAAAUGCCCCUGCAGCAGAAGCAACCGAUCGCCGUGCCCCAGCAAGUUUGGCAUCCAGCUCUAAUGCCCCUGCAGCAGAAGCAACCUGCCCCUGAACCUCAGCAGAAGGAACUGACCGCCAUGCCCCAGCAAGUGUGGCAUCCAGCUCAAAUGCCCCUGCAGCAGAAGCAACCGACCGCUGUGCCCCAGCAAGUGUGGCAACCUUCUCAAAUGCCCCUGCAGCAGAAGGAACCGACCGCCGUGCCCCAGCAAGUGUGGCAACCUUCUCAAAUGCCCCUGCAGCAGAAGGAACCGACCGCCGUGCCCCAGCAAGUGUGGCAACCUUCUCAAAUUUCCCUGCAGCAGAAGGAACCGACCGCUGUGCCCCAGCAAGUGUGGCAACCUUCUCAAAUGCCCCUGCAGCAGAAGGAACCGACCGCCGUGCCCCAGCAAGUGUGGCAUCCUGCUCAAAUGCCCCUGCAGCAGAAACAACCGACCGCCGUGCCCCAGCAAGUGUGGAAUACAUUUUACACACUGCAGAAGCAACCGACUGCCGUGCCCCAGCAAGUUUGGCAUCCAGCUCUAAUGCCCCUGCAGCAGAAGCAACCGACCGCCAAGCCCCAGCAAGUUUGGCAUCCAGCUCAAAUGCCCCUGCAGCAGAAGCAACCGACCACCGUGCCCCAGCAAGUGUGGCAUCCUGCUCAAAUGCCCCUGCAGCAGAAACAACCGACCUCCAUGCCCCAGCUAGUGUGGAAUCCAUUUUCCACACUGCAGAAGCAACCGACCGCCGUGCCCCAGCAAGUGUGGCAUCCUGCUCAAAUGCCCCUGCAGCAGAAGCAACCGACUGCCGUGCCCCAGCUGGGUUGGCAUCCUGCUCAGUUUCCCCAGCAGAAGCAACUGGCCCCUGAACCUCAGCAGAAGGAACUGACCGCCAUGCCCCAGCAAGUGUGGCAUCCAGCUCAAUUUCCCCAGCAGAAGCAACUGGCCCCUAUGCCUCUACUGCAGAAGGAACCAACCACCAUAGCCCAGCAACCUCAGCAGGUGUGGCAUCCAGCUCAAAUGUCCAAAAAUCAAACAGCCACUGAACCUCAGCUGCAGAAGCAACCACCCACCACGUCCCAGCAAUCGUGGCAUCCAGCUCAAAUGCCCCUGCAGCAGAAGCAACCGGCCACUGAACCUCAGCAGAAGGAACUGCCCGCCAUGCCCCAGCAAAUGUGGUAUCGAGCCAAAAUGCUCCAACAGGAGAAUCAUCUGGCCGCCAUGCCACAGAAGCUACAGGUUAUUCUCCAGGAGCCUCCGCUCGUGUGGCAUCCAUCUCAAUUUCCCCAGCAGCAGACGGAACUGGCCGUCGAGCCCCAGCAGCAGACGGAACUGGCCGUCGAGCCCCAGCAGCAGACGGAACUGGCCGUCGAGCCCCAGCAGCAGACGGAACUGGCCGUCGAGCCCCAGCAGCAGACGGAACUGGCCGUCGAACCUCAGCAAGUGAGGUAUCCAGCUCAAAUGGCCCAGCAGCAACCCAACCCCAUUCCUCAGCAAUUAUGGCAUGUAGCCCAAAUUUCCCAGCAGCAACUGGCCCCAAUGUCUCAGCAGAAGCACUACGAAAGCACUGAAGAUGGUGCCUCUGGUAGUUCUCAGGCCAGCAUUGUUGAACAGUCGGGUGUCAUCCCAAUCUCUUCCUACAGUUCCAAAUCGCACUACAAGAAUGGCAGAACUGUCUUCUCCCAAAUCAGCUACACUCCUAGGGAGGCAAUGCCUGUUGACAGUGGAAAUGCUCCCAAGGACGGUUAUGUUAGCAUUGGUGCACCAAGCAUAUAUCCAACACUAGUGAAGGAUUCUGCAAGGAACAUAUAAUGGAGUCAUCCUCUAGAAGCUCUAAUGACCAGGAAGUUGCUGGUGCUCUUGCUACUCUAGUGUGAUGGAAUCAAUAAACAAUUUAAAUUUAAAAAA